AUGGCUUUAACAAAAACAUCCAAGAAAAAAAAACCAUCUCAUCAAAACAACAAGAAGAUAACCGUCCUCGAGCCGCCGACACCAACUCCUUGGCCAAACCUCCCCCAACGAUUGCUAAACCUAAUUUCCAGGCAACCAAUUCUGAUGCAACAAAUCACUUUUAACGGUAUCAACAAGUCGUGGCAACCGCCAGCCAAAACCUGCCAAUCCGUGUCCUCUAUUGGAUCACUAGCCAUUACAAAUGACAAAUCCGACACCGAAUUGAACACAUUCAGCAUAACUUUCCGCACAGGUUAUCAUCGGAUUGCCAGGUGGCCUGCCAGCAGGAUCAACAAACCAUUCAGUUUAAUCGGAAUUUCUCAUGGAUCACUUAUUACUAGGAAUCGUUUAACUUCCGACGCUUUCUAUAUUUUCAUGCCUCCCGAAAUUAUUAAGUAUCUUCCAAAUAUUAAUCAAAACAUUCCAACCACGUUUGCUUCAUUAUCUUCGACCCCGCAAAAACUGUAUAAAAUUCGCGACGAUUUCAUUGUGAUUGUGUUAACUGGAAUCUCCCACCCCGCCUUUCUAAGCUACCAUAGUUCGACCCAACACAAUUGGACCGAACAUGACUCCACCUUGAUCGACCCCAACGAUCCCCAAGGAGGAUACAUGAGAUUCAACAACGGCGUGUGGUUUCAAAAGAAAUUCUACGGUUUGAGCUCCCAGGGCACUCUGGCCGUGAUAGAGGAAGUUGAUUCUAGUCUAGCCAUCACAAAUUUAGGGUCGGGCAGGGCGGUUCCUUCUGCCCCCGCGAAGCAUUUUAGGGAAUACUUGCUUGAAUCGGACGGCGAGAUCUUGCUUGUUUUCUUGAUAUCGAGGAAAUCGAAAUGGACUGUGAAUGAUGUGGAGGUUUAUCGGCUUGGUUUAACUCGGUUGGGUUGGAUGAAGGUGGAGAAUUUGGGGGAUAGAGCAUUGUUUGUUGGGGGUGAUUGUUGUUGUAUGAUGGUUGAUAGUAGAAGAGUUGGUUGCAAGAGAAAUUGUGUUUAUUUUACACAUGAUUAUGUGAAGGGGGUUAACAUUAAUUGGGAUGUUUACAAUAUGGGAAAUUGUAAGGUUGAACCCGGAUGGGUCGAAAAUGACUCCAAGGGUGUUGAUUCUUUUUGGUUUGAAGUUUGA